AAAUAGGACACACUACAUGAAAGUUUACCACAAGGCACAGAAUUCCAAAUACUUACAUAUUUAGUUAUAAGAUGGCUCAAGUAGCAAGGACUGAUGCGGCACAGGCUAUGAAAAUGGGAAAAGAACUCCCUCAUGUUGCUGGCUCAGAGGGGAAGACGCAAGUUGUGCCUUCUAAGGAGCUCCAUUACGCAGACCUUCAAGCAUGGAAAUUCAAUGAUGACACUGCUGAAUUUCUGGGAGGAAGCGAUCCCACAGUCGACGGAACUUACAGUGUGAAAAAUCUUGAAUUGGGAAAGAUGUACGAGGUGUCUUUUUAUAUGUCCAUAAAAAACCUUCCAGUGUCAAAUCAAGUGACACUUACCUUGGAGCUUCCGGGCGGGAAGAAAGAAGAGAAGACAGAAAAAAUUGUAGUAGUUCCACUUGUCUGGGAAGAAGUAUCUGUUGGGAAUUUCCUGAACGUGUAUCCAAGAGGAGACAUCAAAUUCAAAUUCUCUGGUGUUUCUGGUGAUACCUGGAAGGGUCUGCUCCUCAAGGGCGUCCACAUUACCUCUUCCUCCUAAUUGAACCACCGACAAAAAUAAAUACUCUGCUUAACAACUGCGAAUCAAAUUCUAUGUUUAGAUGGUUGUUAGGUAGUUGAUUAACAUAUGCAUGGAACUUAUGUAAUAAAACGACUACUACUGGCCGGUAGGCGGUAGCUGCCUAGCUUGUUGUACUAUCAAGUUGAUUAAUGGGCAAAAUCAUCACUACAACUUA